GCAGCUGAAAACACUCAGAUCUCUGCCGCGCUUCAGCCGCUGUUAGGAAUGCGUUACUAAAGGAUGUAGUUCUUUUUCGAUAAGAUUUGGGAUGUAUUGCGGCUUUAAAAGAGAUAUCAUAUCUGUAUUUGAUGCGCCUCUACACCAUUAUGCCAUUGGGUCCUUCUUUUGAAUUGGAAUGGAAAUUACUUUCCAACGCCGCACUCUCGGCACACAACACGAAUCAUGCCUAGUUUGUGUUUUAACAGAUUCUAUAAUGACCAGUAUGUAGACCGCGAGUGUGAAAUGAAUAUAAUUUACACCGAUUCGGAUUAGAGGAGUUAGAGACAAGACAUCCAGCGGUGAGGUUCGAGGUGUUGCUCCACCGACGUUUGUGUGAUCUACAAAACAUCUCUUAACAGGAUUUUUUGAUGGAGCUGGAGAAUAUAGUGGCCAACACAGUACUGCUAAAAGCGAGAGAGGGUGGAGGAGGGAAGAGGAAGGGGAGGAGUAAGAAAUGGAAGGAGAUUCUUCGCUUCCCUCACAUAAGCCAGUGUGUUCAGCUGGGGCACAGUAUCGAGAGGGACUAUGUCAGUCUGUGUCACAAGCAGCCGAUUGGUAGUCUGCUGUUUCGCCUCUACUGCGAGACCAGGCCUGAGCUGCUGCGAUGUAUACAUCUACUGGACGCUUUGGAGGAUUAUGAGAUGACCCCGGAUGAGAAGCUGAGAUCCAGGGGAGAUCAGAUCAUCACUACUUUCCUCUCUAAAGACUCUUCGGAGUGUGUCGAGGCAGCAGUGGUUUUCGCUGAGCAGUGCAGAGAGAACCUGGAGCUAAGCCCCUGUAAGGAGAUCUUCAGUGGCUGCUGCAAGGCCCUCCAUGAGUAUCUGAGUGGAGCUGCGUUCUCCGACUACCAGAACAGCAUGCACUUUGACCGCUUUCUGCAGUGGAAGAUGCUGGAAAAACUACCGAUCACUAAAGACACCUUCAGACAAUACCGAGUGCUGGGAAAGGGAGGUUUCGGAGAGGUGUGUGCGUGUCAGGUUCGAGCCACGGGGAAGAUGUACGCCUGUAAGAAGCUGGAGAAGAAGAGGAUCAAGAAGAGGAAAGGAGAGUCCAUGGCCCUCAAUGAGAAGCAGAUCCUGGAGAGGGUCAACAGUCGCUUUGUUGUCAGUUUAGCCUACGCAUAUGAGACCAAAGAUGCUCUGUGUCUGGUCCUGACCAUCAUGAACGGAGGAGAUCUGAAGUUCCACAUCUACAACAUGGGCACUCCGGGCUUUGAGAAGGACCGGGUCCAGUUCUAUGCUGCCCAGAUCUGCUGUGGCCUCCACCACCUGCACAGAGAGGCCAUCGUCUACAGGGAUUUAAAACCAGAGAAUAUCCUGUUAGAUGAUAACGGACACAUCCGUAUCUCGGACCUGGGCCUGGCCAUCAAAGUGCCUGACAGUGACCUGAUUAGAGGUCGUGUGGGAACGGUGGGGUACAUGGCUCCCGAGGUGAUCAAUAACGAGCGCUAUGGGAUGAGCCCUGACUGGUGGGGGCUGGGCUGUCUGAUCUACGAGAUGACCGCGGGACGAUCGCCCUUUCGCGCCCGCAAGGAGCGAGUGAAGCGGGAGGAGGUGGAGAAGAGGGUGCAGGAGGAAGAGGAGGAGUACAGCGAUAAAUUCACGGAGGACACCAAGGCCAUCUGUAGGAUGUUGCUGACCAAAGACCCGAAGCAGCGUCUGGGCUGUCAGGCGGAGGGUGUGGCAGGGGUGCAGGCCCAUCCCUUCUUCAAGAACAUCAACUUCAAGAGGCUGGAAGCUGGAAUCCUGGACCCGUCCUUUGUCCCAGACCCUCGGGCAGUGUACUGUAAGGACGUGUUGGACAUUGAGCAGUUCUCCACGGUGAAGGGUGUCAAUCUGGACCAAACAGACAACGAUUUCUACUCCAAGUUUUCUACAGGCUGUGUGUCUAUCCCAUGGCAGAAUGAGAUGAUAGAGACGGAGUGUUUCAGUGAUUUGAACCUGUUUGGGCCCCAGGGCUCCCGGCCCCCAGACCUGGACUGGUCGCUGCCCCCAGAACCCCCCCGGCGCAGUCUGCUGGACCGGAUCUUCAGGAGACACCACCCAGAGGUGUCCAUUGCCAACAGCCGGGUGCAGUCUUCCAGUGUAAACUCAGUGGACUCCAUGUCCCACUCUGCCCCCUAGUGGCCAAGACCCUGUGUGGAGCUCACACAGAGAGGGCGGAGCAUAGGGGACAUACCUGCUGCUGAUUGGUUUACACCCGGCCUGACCAGCUGUCAGUCAUCCUGAGGGAUCCCGCCCUAGCCUGGGGUCAGUCCAGGGGAAACACCUGACCCCUUGACCUUUCACCUUGACCAAGGCCUAAGAGCUCAGGGGAGCGUGGGGUUUGAGGAACGUUCAACAAUGCAGAGACGUUUGGAAAUGUUCAGACACCUUACUCACUUACCCUCAGGACUGCUGGACUUGAGAAGAGCCACUGACCUCGAUGUAAAAGACAUGAAAUGAAGCUAAUUCAGGGGAUCCACUGAGUCUAUAAGACCACCACAGGGAAUACAACAUGGGGUCUUUGUGGAAAUAUUGUUCUAGUUGUUGUUGUUGUUUAAAAAAAAAAAAAAAUCAAAAAGGAAAACCUUGCAUAAAUGUACACUCAUACUCACUCUGGUAUUUCCUUGUCCUCUUUUUCUUUCUAUUUCUUUUUCCUUUUCUUUCUCCCCCCCCUUUCUUUCUCUAUCUCUCUCAGCACACAUUAAUUUCAUGAAACAGACACCACCUCAACCACCUCAACACCAUGUGCAUUGCCAUGUAUAACACUCAGGCCAAAGAUCCAGUUAUGUUGUUUGUGUCAAUGUUUAUGUUCACAUACUAAGCACCAUUAGGAUCACCUUAGACUAGAACCCGAAAAAAAAUGUCUGGUUCCUAUUUUACUAUUGAUCCUCCAAGUAAUGUGAGUCUGCAAUUGUGUCCCAUCUGAAUCACACACACAUUCGGAGCCUGUCAAUGUUAUGAUAUGAAUACAACCUAACUUGGGACUUCCUUCUUACAAUGUUACAUUUCAAAAACGGAAACAUGAAUGCCAUUUAUCUACCUAUCAGUCUGUUUUUAUAGUAAAGAUGUUGUUUUACCUCUGACAUGUACUGUAUGAUUACUAUUGUGGCACCAUCUAGUACUGUAUGGUCUGUCUAUGUGGUGUUUCUCUAGGACUGGGCAGACAGUACUUUCAGCCAUGCUGUUUCUCCUUUCUCCAGCUGUUUGGGCGUUGUCAUGACGAGCAUGCCCAGACAGGAAAUGAAGGGGAAGGUCCAGCUUCACUCCGGCUCCCCGGGGUUCCACCACGACAACGGAACCCCGUAAAAAGCCGUUUUCACAGGGUCACUUCAAAUUCACGAAAGGCAAUUGUUACUUCUCCCCUCUCAGUGUCUCAGUUGUGGUGUUGGGUAGAAUGUAGACUUGUUUGGAGGUCUUUGAUGGGUCCUGCAUGGGUUUCCUGUGGACAGAGACCAAGGCUGUCCUGUUGGGGCUCCCCUUCUCCUUCAUCCUCCCCCGGCUGUGUGUGUGUUGUCUCUCAUUCAGAGCCCUCCUCUCCCCUGUGUUGUCUCCACUGACCUGAAGACACGGGGUAGGAGAAGGACGGACGGAAACGCCCUAGGAGCAAGCCUUGUCAUCUUAGAGGAAAGGAAGCGGAAGUGCAGUAUUGAGAUGCCCCCCAUCAUCCUGGGCAUGGCACAUCAUUGAUAAGGGCCCCUGACAGGAAACUGACCUUCAAGUGCGCCAAUUCAAAUGGAGGGAUGAUACAUAAUCUUAAAUUAAGAAGUUUAUAUUUUUCUUAUUGAAAGGAAUGCCAACAGAUUUUGCAGUAAAUACAUUCUAAAUAAACUACAAUAAACUCUCCAAGAACUUGACUAGUCAGGGACAGGGAAAAGUGUCUCCUUAUUGGAGUUAUAUCUAGACCACAUGAACGUUUGCACUUUCUUUAUUAACUGUCCUAUCCUUUUUGUUUCUGUGGAAACCACACACACACACACUUUGGUUGGCCAGAAAGGAGAGGAGUGGAGGAGCAAGGAAGAGAGGGACACUGUGAGAAUGUAUAUUAAGGUGCUGACUAAGUGCAUGUAAUGCCAAACCCACUGUGUCCUGUUGCUCCUAAUAAAGCCUGAUCUGACCCAA